GGCGCUAUGGCGGCAGUGGCCCAGUGCGUGCGGAGCGCGUUGCGCCCGUGGUACCCGCUACUGAGCUACUCCCUGAGGACUUCUCCACGACUGCUUUGUGUGGCAACACAACAGAAAAAUACUGGCCAGAACUUGGAAGAGGACCAGAGUCAGAGCCAAAAUGAGCAAAAGGUUGAACCCAGCUCUGCUGAAAAAAUGUUAACUGAAGAAAAGGCCAAACUGGAAGAACAACUGAAAGAAGUUACUGACAAGUACAAGCGUGCUUUGGCAGAUGCAGAAAAUGUGAGGCAAAGAAGCCAGAAACUGGUAGAAGAGGCAAAGUUAUACGGGAUUCAGAGCUUCUGUAAGGACUUACUAGAAGUUGCAGACAUUUUGGAGAAAGCAACAGAAAGUGUUCCAAAAGAAGAAAUUAAGGAUGAAAAUCCUCACCUGAAGAGCUUAUAUGAAGGUCUUGUUAUGACAGAAGUACAGAUUCAAAAAGUGUUUAAAAAACAUGGCCUGCUCAGACUGAAUCCUGUCGGAGCCAAGUUUGAUCCCUAUGAACACGAAGCAUUGUUCCAUGCUCCCAUGGAAGGGAAGGAGCCUGGCACUAUUGCAUUAGUAUCCAAGAUCGGCUAUAAGCUGCAUGGGCGUACACUGCGGCCUGCCUUGGUGGGUGUUGUGAAAGACGCUUAGCUGCUUAAUCUGAGAAUUUAAAAUGCCAUACAACUAUUAAACAGCUGGAUGGUUUUUCUCUUACACCAUGCUUUCCUCAUUCCUCUGCCCCCUGAGAGGUUUAAAUGAAUUGGUUGAGGUCUCCCAGUGAAAAUGAAGCAACUGAUGAAAUUCUCCUGCUUAGUGGCCUUCAACAUCACUGUUCCGUAAGCUUUCUUCUUAAGUGUGAAAUACAAGAGCCAUUAAGCCCUCUAAUACUUUAGAUUAGCUAACGUUUUUUACAACUGUUGCUACCGAACAUGCAUUAAAUUGAAAGGAACAAAAUGCUCACAAGAAUUUUGCAACCUCACGUUUAUCACUGUGUGUAGACUGAAAAUCCAAAUAGUGGUUCAAACACUUCCUUUUGUUUUGUAGAAUCUAACAUUGCAGAAGUGGGUGAAGUAGUACAAAUAACCCAUUUUCUGCAAGUGUCCAUCAGCUUUUACACACUGAUGUGGUAAAUGCCCUUUUAUGUCUGUUCAGAAAUAAUCUCUCUCAACAACUGAAAUUGAAACCUUUGUGAAUUCUGAUCUGUAAAUAAAAGGCAAUGCAGAGUA